UCCCCUCAGAAACGAUUUUUACACCAUAACAACGUUUGGAUCCAGGUGUGACAGAGCAAUCAGCAGAGUCGACCACAAGUGACUGAGGUAAAAAAAAUGGCCAACAUAAUCUUUGCAGAGCAAGAAAAUGCCCGUCUUCAUCCGCCUUCACUGAAGGUGCGACAGCGACUUCAGUCUGCUCCAGAGAAAGUCUUGAAAUCUCCCAUGAUUGCCAAAACCUUUACCACUCCUCUCCCAUCUGGUCGUAAGGCUUUUGGUACUGUCAACAAAAAAAUCUCAACUCCUGCAGUCAGUGUGCAAGAGAAGAAACUCGUAAAGCCAGAGGAAACUAAAGUCAAACAGGCUCCUCAGACCAAGGUGGAGGAAUAUCCAGAAAUUGAGAAGUUCAUCCCUUAUGACCCAUUGGAGUUUCAGAAGUACAGCAUACCUGAAGAUUUGAUUCCUCUCAGUUGCUUUGCUCUACCUGGACUCGCUUGUUUCCCACAAACUCCACGUCUGUGUGAGGAGGACCUGGGGCAGAUUGCUCCUCUCCCGAAUCUUUCACCUGUGAAGAUGCCAAAAACUCCAGAUCAUCGCUCAGAACUAGAUGCCUUUCUUCAAACGCUUAAUGAGCUGACUGUUGAACUUCCUCCAGAGGCUGAUACUGACUGAAUGUAUAUUG